CAUGCAAAGGGGGCGGGGCUUCGCCAGGCAGCUCCCAUCAAACUCUAAUGAAUACGAUGCCAGCUGCUCAAUAUGCGGAAGUCAAACACGAAGCUUUGACGAACUUAACAAGGCCAACAGGACUGUGAGAGAUCUGAACUUGUUUGAUCAAGUUAAUAAACUAUGUGGCCCAACCAAGGUCCUCCUCCUCCUCCUCCUCCAAAUUCUGCCUUUCCUCCUGGUUACAACCCUUUAUUUCCUUCUGUUCCUCCACCGGGAGUCUACCCCCAGGCUCCAAACCCAGCGUACCCUGCAGGCCAGUUCCCAGCUCCCAUGAACCCAGCUAUGGGGCCGAAUAUGAACCCGGGCGUGAUGCCUUAUGGAGUUCCUGGACCUCAGGCUUAUCCUGUGGGUCCAGGUGCAUAUCCAAUGGUUCCUCCUGGUGGUGUUCAUCCAGGUCCAUACCCACACUCUCCCAAAGGGGGUCACCACAAAGGUCAUCACAUGGGUCAUGGUCAUCAUCACGGUGGGCUAAAUCCCAUGGGUGGUCUUUCAGGUGGUGUUGGAAUGGGGCUGGUUGGACACAAAGGUCAUAAGAAGAUGAAGAAGAUGAAGAAAGGACACAAAGCUAACAAGCAUGGGCACAAACAUGGCAAGUCCUCCAGCAGCAGCAGCAGCAGUAGUGAUUCAGACUGAGGCCUUCAGCUCAACAAUCAACAUGCACCAAACGCUGCUUUCAAAAAGUGCAACACUGUAAUACCUAGUCACCCAGUGGCCCUUAUCACACACAGCUACAUUAUUUUGUAUGGUUCAUUUAUGUAACAAAAAAAAACCUAUUUUCAGUCUUACUUUGUUUUGGGGGGUUGUAUUGUUGCAAUUAAAUGCUCUACAGUUAAUCUUUCUGUAGUUACUGCCCCCCCCCCCCCUUUUUUUAUAUAGGUAUGCACACAGAAGUGUACAAAUACACAAUAUUGUUUAAGUUUUGGGAAUGUUUGUUAGUAAAAUUAAUAUAAAACAUGUCUUUGCUUUCUGGGUAGAUCUAUGAAACUAGAAAAUGAGAUAGGAUUCUUUAUUCUCUAAUUGUCUAAUGUUAUGCUGACCACUAAUAACUGCAAAAGUAUUCUGCAUUGCUUUGGAACUAUUUUAAUGCAAUAACACUAAAACAUACAAAACGUAUAAAGUUCAAUGUUUGAUUMUUCUGCUUAAUAAACAGUUCUUUAAAAAGA